AUGGCAACCGACGAGGGUCUCUUUCCGCAGCAGCUUGUCGCGCAAGCCGCCGCGGACGAGUUGCCCGACGGCUACGUCCUGCGAGCCCUGCGGCCCGGCGACUUCGACACCGGCUUCCUCGACUGCCUGCGCGUGCUGACUACGGUGGGCGACAUGACCAAGGACCAGUUCGAGCAGCAGUUCAGGCGCAUGCAGCAGCAGCAGAACUACUACAUCGUCGUCAUCGAGGACACGAGCAGGCCGGACAAGACGCGCUCCGUCGUCGCCACCGGCGCCCUGAUGAUCGAGCACAAGUUCAUCCACAGCCUCGGUUCUGUCGGCCACAUUGAAGACAUUGCCGUGGCAAAGGACCAGCAGGGCAAGAAGCUCGGGCUGCGGCUCAUCCAGGCGCUGGACCGCGUCGCCGAGGCGCUGGGCUGCUACAAGUGCAUUCUCGACUGCAACGACUCCAACGAGGGCUUCUACGUCAAGUGCGGCUUCCGCCGGGCCGGGCUGCAGAUGGCGCAUUACUACGACGAAAGCAAGAGCACGUGA